AUGCAUCAUUCUACGGUGCCAUCAUCAAGACAAGAUUUUGUCGCAAAAGUCAGAUAUUUCAAUGAUUUGCCACCUCCACCAUGUCCUCCUAAACUGGUGACUUUGAAUUCGGCAAAUGACGAUGGGUUGACCGAUACAUCAUUAUUGUCGGCCUUAUUUCGCAAAGAGCAUUUCAGCAAUCUUGUCACUCUUGACGAUGAUCUUGGAUUACCUCUCAGUCUUAUCGACCUACCUGAAUGCUUGGAAAAAAACAGUAUGGCGUCGAUUGAUGCGUUGACACCCGAAUAUGGAAACAGUACGAUGCUUCAUCCCGACGAUAAAAUUCUUUUGACCGAUCCUCACAAAUCAACUGUUUCCAAAAGCGAUAAUGUCAGCUUCUUGCGUAGGACACAAUACAUUUCAUCGGAUAAACUAGCGAAGCCCAUGGCCUCUUUAUCCGACCAGUCGGUGACCAAGUUACGUAUGAAGGCGAAAGAAGAUUUUGAUCCCAAAAAUCAAGUGAGAAAUAUCGAGCAUAUGUUCUCAGAGCUCACUAAGUUGAAAUCGACAUCAGAGAUAAGACACCCUCUAAAAAAAAACUUGAAAGCCAAAAGAGUCUGGUCGCUGUUACCUGACACAUCGAUGUUUGACCAAACCUAUUACGACAUAAAGUUUUCGAAUCCGGCUUUAUCCAAGGAGGCAAAUAAGAGGCGGAAAUUGGAAGGAGAAGGUGGGAGAGAGCAAAUACUGUUCAGGAAUCUUCCGAUAAACGAGACCGUCACUCUGAUGUCCUUUUAUACUACAUCAGAACAGCGGGCUGAUAUUGUCGAAAAUAUAAUGAAAGAGUCGUCUGAGAACAGUGGUUCUGAUCAAACAGAUAUGGGCAAGGACACCUUUCACUACAAAAAAGUUAGAGAUUACGAUACUCAUGCGCGCUUAUCAGAUGAGGUUAGAAAUUUCCGUCAUCUGGCUAUCAGUUUUGACCCCAAAUCAUCCACUGCUUUGUACGUUCCAAUUUCAGGGAAGGUUGAGCUAAAAAAAUGUCGAAUUGAUCAGCAUCUUGAGCCAAUUUUGAGACAGCUGAGCCGCGAUGAGAUCAUUGUUCAAGUUAGGGAGCCAACGACUUCUGAGAUCUAUGAUCGAGACAUGCGUAGAAGCACUUAUGAUCCCAUGGAAUUCGGUGCUGACGAAGAAGAGAAUGAGUCCACAAGUAAGGAAAUAUAA